AGAGAAACGACCUGCCCCAGCCGGUGUUUCCGUACAAGACUACAAGUCGUAUUUUCCUUCAAACAGAGAGAGACUGAGAAACAGAGAAGAGGGUCUCUGUUUUGCUCUGUCUCUGUUCUUCUCUCAGAACCCGGAAAAACCCAAAAGACCCGAAACCCCGUCUGCAAUUGAAGAUGGAGGAUCAGAAGAAGCAGAGUAGUGAGGAGGAUCGACCUGUGAGAGUUUAUGCAGAUGGGAUAUAUGAUCUCUUUCACUUCGGACAUGCCCGUUCUCUCGAGCAAGCCAAGAAAUCGUUCCCAAAUACGUACCUGCUUGUUGGCUGCUGCAAUGAUGAAGUUACUCACAAUUACAAGGGCAAAACGGUUAUGACCGACCAGGAGCGCUAUGAAUCACUCCGCCAUUGCAAAUGGGUGGAUGAAGUUAUCCCUGAUGCGCCAUGGGUUCUCACGCAAGAGUUUCUUGACAAACAUCAGAUCGACUAUGUGGCCCACGAUUCUCUUCCCUACGCUGAUGCAAGUGGGGCUGGAAAGGAUGUCUAUGAAUUUGUCAAGUCUGUUGGGAAGUUUAAGGAAACAAAGCGAACUGAUGGUAUCUCUACAUCUGAUAUCAUAAUGAGGAUUGUUAAAGAUUACAACCAGUAUGUGAUGCGUAAUUUGGACCGUGGGUACUCAAGAAAGGAUCUAGGUGUUAGCUAUGUGAGGGAAAAGCGGCUGAGAGUGAAUAUGGGACUGAAAAAACUACGUGAGAGGGUGAAGGAGCACCAAGAAAAAGUUGGAGAGAAGAUACAAAUUGUAGCCAAAAUGCAUCGUAAUGAAUGGGUGGAGAAUGCUGACCGAUUGGUUGCUGGAUUUCUUGAGAUGUUUGAAGAAGGUUUCCAUAAAAUGGGAACAGUCAUAAGGGACCGAAUUCAAGAGGGAAUAAGGAAGCAACAGUUAAAAAGGCUUUUAUGUGAUGAAGACGAUGAUGAUGAGCUAUAUGGUGAUGACUUUGAAGAAGAAAACUAUGAUGAAGACGAAAAUUAAGUUAGUUAUUGUUGUUGUCCUUUGAUUGGGCUGAUAUACUUAGCUAAGAAACAGCUUUAAUCAAGUUUAGCUUCAAUCUUUAAUACACAAUGAUUAGAAUUCUGUAAUUUCUGUUUCAGCUCACAGUUUCCUGUUUGAAUUAGUUAGCGCAUUAUGUCCAUUACUUUUUAGUUA